CUCUUCGUUAGGCGCUCGCUCGACUAUCGCAGAGCUUAUCGCAGCGCUUUCCUAACUAGUCGGUGGCGUCCACAUAGCGUCAGUUUACGUGGGCUGCUCACUGCUAGUAUCUACAACUCAAGAAUACACGCAGGAGAAGACAACUGCCAGACAGGGACCGACCGGCUCGCUCGUAUUUCUCAAACAUGCGGCAACGCGCAAGUACCAAGACGCAACGUCGGCUCAAGCAGCAGCAGCAGCGCGACCCGUAUGCUCUCACUGGCGACGUGCACUGCGAGGCGCCGACUUUCCACGUAGGUGGCCUCGUGACAGCCGUCGGGGUGCUCCAGCUCGUGGUGGCCAUGGUUCUCGGCGGCUACGUGUUCGGUGGUGCGUUGCUCUUCUGCACUACUGUGUUGGUGGCGCUAGGUCUCGUGCUGCUGCAUCAUGACGAUCCAAAGGGCACCAAGCAGGCGAUGGGACUCAAGCACGCCAUUAUCAGGCUGCUGGCGUUACGACGUAGUGCGUUGGACUACUCGCUGACGUUGUCAAUAGCGCAGAGUCAGCAAUACCAACAGAAGAAGAAGGAACUCGUAGAAAUAGCAGUGGUGCCGUCGAGUCCCACGCCACAGCGAGUUGUUAUAACAAUGGCAGUGAAAGCAGAAAACACUGCAAAGAUCAAGCAGAAGAGCAAGCCGAACCCUCUCGCGAGCAAUGGUCCACUUGCGACGCUGAAGUGCGUGGACAUGAAACCUUUGCCGACGAUCAAAUCGCACUCAGUGGCAACCACCGCAGAUCUGUACGUGGAGAAACCUCGAGCGAACUCGGAGCCAAAGCAGGUGCUGCAAACUCGACCGCUACUGCCGCUGAAGCCGAAAGUACAGCAACCAGAUAUAGCGAUGCAGGGGAAGAAGGAAAUGGAGGUGCAGGAGAAGAAAACACUGGUGCUGUCAAAGUCGCUGGACAAACAAGAGAAGACACCACAAUUGCAGCAGACAAAGACGCAGACGAAGCCUCAGCUCCAGAGAAAAAAUGCUGAGGUGAAGGCUCCCAAGAUUGCAGCAAGGAAGACGAUGCAAGUGCCCACAGUGCUUUUCAAGGCUGAACCAACAGCUGUUGCUCCGGUAGUGUCGCCCAAGGCAAAAGCUGUGGAGCUGUCAAAGCCUAAAGCGGUGGAGGCUGCUCGCUCUUCUGCGAGCGUCGUUGUGGAGCCGGUCGCGCCGGCUGUGGCCCCGUUGCCGGUGUUUUCGGUGGCGAAACCUUUGGUGGAAGUGGCUCGUGGCGAACCAGUACUGGAGCGAGAGCUGGUUAUCACUCGCAAAGUGCUGCUUUAUUUGAGCCCAGAAGGUGAGUCGGUGACGGAUAUGGAGGAUCAGGAAUUAGAGCAAGAGACGAAAAAGGAGCAGACACUGGAGCUCGAACUCGAGCCGGAAGACUUUGCUCCCUCGAUGGCAGCUUUCCCACCGCUGUCACCGACUAUGGUACCGCAGGAAGCUACGCCGCUGCCAGCUACAGUUGUUCUGGAGCCGAAUUUCCUCAUGGACAUUGAGCUGGAGCCGAUCUCCAAGCCGGAAAAGAAAUUGAUCGCACUGAGCCCCCUGCGUCUUAAGCAGCUAUGGCUCGUUGCAUGCUGCUGA